CGGACCAGAAUAUUUAGACCAUGGGCUGCACUCGAAGUCAUUUCAUUUGGGCUUAUUUGGUCCUUGCAAUUGGUUUUGUGGGUGCCAGGAGUGUUCAAUUUAAGAACACUUGUAAGAUCGAUGAGAAAUCGAGUGAUUUUAUCAACAAGGAAAUGGAAAAACUGGAUAAAAAUGUACACUCAACGCAACAACUUGCGUAUGAGUGCUGUCCCGGUUACUCUGGUCCCAUCGACAAUUGUCAACCCAUCUGCUCUGAGGGGUGCGGUGACAACGCCUACUGCAUGUCGCCGGAGAUCUGUAAGUGUUUAGAGGGUCAUGAAAAGGUCGAGGGAGGUGGAUGUGAGCAGCAGAAAGAUCUACAUUUGUGCACCGCUGAAGUUGAAGUGGAUUAUGCUGAUUAUGAGCCGCUAUCAAUGAAAUAUUUUGGACCCAUGGCUGAAGAAUAUGAAGCCCAUAAUCUCGACCUGAGUGAUGUUAUCAUUCCUAAAACAAAAACCAGGCUAGAAAACAAGACGGUUUGUUGCGAAGGCUACGAGAGAGAAGACGAGAAAUCACCCUGUGUUCUCAAGGAUCCCAAUUUGUGCACAAGAGAAGUGGAGGUAGAUUUAGUAAUGGAUGAGACAGAAAAGAAGAUUAGGCAAGAUUUGCGAGAAUCGUUUAGCAUAAUGCUUCCAACCACUAGGAUGGAAAUACAACAAGAUUGCUGCGAAGGUUACAAGCGGCAGUCGAUAUCGGAUCUAUGUCAGCCCGUGUGCAGUACCAAAUGUGUUGAGAAUAGCGUUUGCAAAAAACCCAAUACAUGUGAGUGCCUAGUUAACUACCAUAUGGGAUCAGAUGGGGAGUGCGUAAGGAAAUUCAAAGCUCACGAUCCACAUGUGUGCAGCAGGGAAGUGAACGACGAUGAGUCGGACAAGAAUAGGAUUAAAGACAGUGCCGAAUUAGAGCUGUACUGCUGUGACGGCUAUGAGCAGAAUUCGACUAGCACUCUCUGUGAGCCCAAAUGCAGCAAGGGAUGUGGUCACAAUUGCCGAUGUGUGCAGCCCGAGGUGUGUAAAUGUGAAGAAAUCAACUGCCAGUGUGAAACUGGCUAUUUUAAAGGAAAAUCUGGACUCUGUGAGCCAAUUUGUACAGCGGGUUGUCCUGCACACAGCAGCUGCAUAAGCCCAGAUAAAUGUGGGUGCCAUGAAGGUUACAAGAUCGACAACAGCGGCUGCCAGCCCAUCUGCUCGGGGGCCCAGCCAGAGCACAGCAAAUGCAUGCGACCGGGCGAAUGGGAGUGCGAUUUGGGAUAUAUUAAAGUCCCCACUGUGGAUACGCUGGCCUACUCUUGUGAACCACAUUGUAGGCAGAGCUGCUCCAAUUACGGCAAAUGUGUGAAGCCCGAUUACUGUGAGUGUCUGCCGGGCUUCGAACCAUAUGAUAAUUUCGAAGAAAUGGUCAUUGAGAGAUGCAAACCGAUUUUAAACGGGUCAGGUUUAAGUACCAAGGCAAGCACAACAGAGCACAUCUCAAAAGAUGUACCAAUUUCAUUUCGAAGCAAUAAACAUAAUUCAUUCAAUUAAAACAUAAUUAUUAUAUUUUGAACAAUUUGCAAAAAUAAACUGUCUUCGUUACUGACAUGCUCAGCA